CUAAUAAUAUUCCCAACUCCCAAGAACAAUAAAAGAUGCCAUCUCCAUUUCUCCUUCCAAAUUCACCAAUUUUACACUUACAAAUCCACAUUCCACAAUUUUCAGACACAAAACUAAUGUUCUCCUACAGCCUUUGACGAUCAAGAAAACCCAUGGAUGAUGUUUCCAAAAUUCUUCUUCUCCCAUUGUUUCUUUUCACAAUUUUCGUAAUCGUAAAAAGAAAAUGGCCCACCUCGGAAAAACCCAUCAAGAAUCUCCCGCCGUCGCCGCCGAAGCUUCCAAUAAUCGGAAACCUUCACCAAUUAGGGUUCCGCCCCCACAAAACCCUCCACUCCUUAUCAAGAAAACACGGCCCCUUAAUGCUUCUUCACCUGGGCAGCGUCCCACUUCUCGUCGUUUCAUCACCUGAUUUAGCUAAAGAAAUACUUAAAACCCACGACCCAAUUUUCUCCAACAGGCCCAAAUCAAGCGUGGCGCGUGGUAUCUACGACUGUAAAGACAUCGCCUUUUCACCCUACGGCGAGUACUGGAGGCAUGUUAAAAGUAUUUGCGUUAACCAGCUUUUGAGCAGUCGAAAAGUUCAGUCUUUUCAGAGUGUUCGAGAGGAAGAGGUUUCUGUUAUGUUGGAGAAGAUCAGACAAUCGUGUAACGAAAAACGUGUGAUUGAUUUGGGGGAGACGUUUGCUUCUCUUACGAAUGAUGUGAUUUGUAGGGUGGCUUUGGGGAGAAAGUACAGUGAUGGUGAAGGUGGGAGGAAAUUUAAGGAUGUUUUGGAGAGGUUAGGGGUUUUGUUGGGUGGUUUCGAUGUCGGGGAGUUCGUUCCUUGGCUUUUUUGGGUUAAAUAUGUUAAUGGGAUGAAGAGUCAAGUUCGGAGAAUCGCCGAAGAUCUCGAUGAGUUUUUGGAGUUUGUGGUGAAGGAGCAUUUGAAUGGUGGUGGGAUUCGCGGAGAAGAGAAAGAUUUUGUGGAUGUUUUGCUCGAUAUUCGGAGGAACGAGGAGGGUGGAUUUGGUCUUGACGAUAUCUCGGUUAAAGCUCUUAUCUUGGACAUGUUUGCUGCUGGAACCGACACAACAUACACACUCAUAGAGUGGACGUUAUCCGAGCUCAUAAGGAACAAAAACACCAUGGCGAAACUGAAGCACGAACUGAAAAACAUAGCGGGGCCCGCUUCAACCAUAACCGAAGACAAUUUACACAAAUGCCACUACUUGAAAGCCGUUGUAAAAGAAACUCUAAGACUGCACCCUCCACUCCCACUACUCGUUCCUCGAGAGUCAACCAAAGAUGUCAAACUACUAAGUUACGAUAUUUCGAAAGGCACGCGAGUGGUUAUAAACGUGUGGGCUAUUGGAAGAGAUCCAAUUUUGUGGGAAAAUCCGGAGAAAUUUUAUCCGGAGAGAUUCUUACGUAACAAUAAUUUGAAUUCGGUGGAUUUUUUUAGAGGGCAGUUCGAGUUGAUUCCGUUUGGAGGGGGGCGAAGGGGGUGCCCUGGGGGUGCAUUUGCCAUGGGAAUUGUGGAGCUUGUUCUUGCGAAUGUUGUUUUAAAUUUCGAAUUUGAAUUGCCAGGUGGCGUUAGAAGAGAAGAUCUGGAUAUGUGUGAAGGUGAUGGACUUACAAUUCAUAGAAAAUUCCCUCUUAAGGUUGUUGCUAGUUGUGAAUCUCUACCUUAAAUCUGCUAUGUUGAUGACAUGUAUGCAUGUAUAAUGUAUUUUAACCUCUGAUACAAUUUUUAUUAAUAAUUAAAUUUUCUGGAUUA